UAACACCUAAAUUUAGUUUGAAACUAAAUAGACGGUCUAAAAGGUUACAUUAAAAGUACAAAUAAAAGGAAAAAAAUACUAUGAUGACUAAAUAGAACUGUACACUGGAACAUUUGAGUGUUGCAGUUCCUCACUUAUGCCUCAGAGCGCCGCUGUUUGACCAAUAAGGAGCAAAAUGCAGAACUGGAGAUCCACUGGUAUAUUCAUCAUUCACAAACCAUGCAGAUCUGUAAGAAGAGGCACACAACCAUUUUCUGGAUUUCUUCUGCACAUAACACAGGAUUAUUUAUUUUCUUCACAAAUGCUCUGAAGGAUAUUUCUGUAGGAUACUAAAAAUAAAUGCGAAGAUGAAGAACAACUCACAAAUAUACACAGGGAUCAGAUGGCAAGUAAUAUUUUCCUUUUUAUUUUCCUGGCUGUGUCAUUCAGUUUCUGGUCAGAUUCAUUAUUCCAUUGUAGAAGAAAUGAGAAAAGAUUCUGUUAUAGCAAAUAUUGCAGAUGAUCUUGGAUUGGAUAUUAAACAACUCUCAUUUAGAAAGCUGAAAAUCAUAUCUUAUAUAUCAGAGAAAUAUUUGUAUGUGAAUUUAGACAAUGGAAAUCUCUAUGUGAAGGACAGAAUAGACAGAGAGACACUGUGUGGGGCAGAAGCUACCUGUUUCCUAACCUUUGAUGCUGUGGUUGAAAAUCCAUUCAAUGUUUUCAGUGUCAGUGUAGAAAUUCAAGAUAUCAAUGAUAAUUCACCUGUGUUCUUCCAUGAACCUUUCACAAUAAAUAUGUUAGAAUCUACUCCAUCUGGAACAAAAUUUACUUUACAAGGUGCAGAAGAUCCCGAUAUGGGUGUCAAUUCAGUACAGACAUAUAAGCUUAGUAAUAAUCAGCAUUUUAUACUGAUCGAAAGCAUGAAUCCAGAUGGUAGCAAAUUUCCAGAACUUGUAUUAGAAAAACCUUUAGAUCGAGAAACUUUAAAUGCUCUCGAAUUCAUUUUAACAGCAUUAGAUGGAGGUAGUCCAAUAAGGUCUGGAACCGCUCUAGUAAGAAUUAUUGUUACGGAUGUCAACGAUAAUUUUCCUGUAUUCAAUGAACAACUAUAUAAAGUCAGUGUAAAUGAAAGUAUCCCAACCAAUACUAUUGUAACUGCUGUAAGUGCAAUGGAUAAAGAUGAAGAUGUGAAUGGACAGAUUACGUAUUCUUUUAGCAAGACAUCAGGAUAUCAUAAAGGAAUGUUUACUAUUAAUCCCUUAACUGGUGAAAUUAAAACAAACAGUAAUUUAGAUUAUGAACUGACAAAAAACUAUGAGCUGCCUGUUCAAGCGAAGGAUGGAGGAGGACUUGUUUCUCAUUGUAAGGUUUUGAUAGAAGUGAUAGAUGAAAAUGAUAAUGCUCCAGAAAUAUCAAUCACCUCAUUAACUUCACCCAUUCCUGAGGAUACUGCACCUGGAACAAUGAUAGCUCUAAUCAGAGUCCAUGAUAAAGAUUCAGGAGAAAAUGGAGAAGUGGAUUGUAAGCUCACAGGAGAAAUGCCUUUUAAUCUAGUUUUGUCAUCUAACAGUUUUUAUACUAUUGUGACCACAAGUGCUAUGGAUCGAGAGAAAGUGUCUAAUUAUAACAUCACAAUUGUAGCUACAGACAGAGGAUCUCUUCCACUUUCCAGUCAGAAAACCAUCAAACUGGAGAUAUCAGAUGUUAAUGAUAAUCCACCACUAUUUGAAAAAUCUAUUUAUGUUGCUUAUGUACAAGAAAACAAUUUACCAGGAUUCUCAGUAUACAGUAUACACGCUUCUGAUGAUGAUGCUGGAGACAAUGCUAAGAUUAUUUAUUCAAUUUCCAACAAAAAUACAGAAGAUCCCGCUAUGUCUUCCUGUUUUUCUCUUAAUAUAGACACUGGAGUUAUCUAUGCCCAGAGAUCAUUUGAUUAUGAGCAGCACAAUGAGUAUGUAAUAGAAGUAACAGCUAAGGACAGUGGACACCCAUCCCUGAGCAGCAACACAACUAUAACUAUCAAAGUAAUAGAUCAGAAUGAUAAUGCACCAAAACUCCUAUACCCAUCCCCAGAGAGUGGAGCAUCGGCAUGGUUUGAGAUGGUCCCUUUUGCUGCUGAGCCUGGAUCAUUAUUAACAAAGGUGGUUGCAGUGGAUGCAGACUCUGGACAUAAUGCUUGGCUCUCUUAUCAUUUUAUACAAGUAUCUGAACCAUCUUACUUCACCAUUGAUGAACAUACAGGAGAAAUUCGAACACAGCAUGUUUUCCAAGAGAAGGAUAUACUAAAUCACAAGGUUGUGGUGAUUGUAAAGGACAAUGGAAUCCCAUCUUUCUCUGCUACAGUUACCAUCACUCUUGUUGUUGCAGAUAAUUUCCAACAGGUAGCUCCUAAAUUUGUCAAUCACUUCCCUGAUGACGAGACUCAGUCCAAUCUGCAGCUGUACUUAGUAAUUGCCCUAGCAGUCAUUUCUUUGCUAUUUAUCAUAACUGUCAUGUUGGCUGUUAUAUCUAAAUGUAGGAAGUCUAAACCAUUCCCAGUAUAUGGACCCGUCAGUUCAAAUUUAUAUCCCCAAGUUGAUCCCAGGAUGCUGUCUCACUAUGCCAGUGGAACACUAACACUUCCCUACUCUUACAACGUUUGUGUGGCUUUGGAUUCUGGAGAAAGUGAUUUUACAUACAUGAAAACGAAUCAAAAUGUUCCUGUGGAUAAUCUUAUUGAUGCUGAUGAUUCAGGUCAUGGAAAUGAAAGUUUAAAGGCAGCUUUACCAACUGGCAAUCAAAUUCAGGUGAGUUAUUGA